AGCUCAUGUUCAAACAGUACAUCAGCCCAAAUAACAGAGCACAAGCCUGCGCAAUGCUACUUCCACACCCUCAGUUAGGACACCAGUGUCCUGUGGGUCAUCGUCAGGCAGUGCUCCCUCCUUCAGUAUGACAUACACUCCCAUCAGUUUGCUCCAUGGUGCUUUGUGACUCAAUGUCUGAAUCCUGUGGGACUACAUGAAAGAUUACAAACAAAAAUGAGCACAAAUAUUUAUUACAAGAAUUGCACACUUAUACACUGGCCACUAUAUAAUGUACAUCUGUAAAGUAAACUUCAAUUCAAUACAGGAGCGCUGCUGUGAAUUCUACAUUUAAAAGGUUAUAAUGACUUGCUGCUGUUACUAAAUAUCAAGAGUUUUACUUAUAUUUAUAACUAUAACCCCUGAAUAAAACCAUGCAUACCUAUUCAAAAAUAACUUUAACUGCAAAUUGUAAGGACAUUUCAAAUAUAUGGUCAACUGCAUGUGCAUCAUAGAUUUAACUUGACAAUUUUUGCAUAAUGUAUUCAAUAAGCUGGGUAGCAUAAGCAGGUGUGGCAUUUUGAAACUAUGUUUAAAGGGAGAAAUGUCUAAUUAUUUAAUGUUUAAAAUAAUAUUUUGCUGAUAUACACAUGUAUACACAAUGGCCAAGCCAUAGCUAAUAACAAGAACAGUCCCUCCAUUGGCACAUUAAACUAAAUCUCAAAAAAAAAAAAAAGCCCAAUCAACGAUAUCUGAAAAGAGCGAUGAGACGUGCACAUUGAUUCUGGUGUUUAGAAUAUAAUGUUAACCAAUAGGCCAAGUUACGUAAAUGCACCCUGGCCGGGUUUACUAUAUCGUAAACAUUGCACAUUAUGCUAACGUUUGCUACAUUAACUUGCAUACAGAAUUUUUUUUUUUAGCCUGCUGUCCAUGUUAUUGUCUUUGUCCAGACCUGUGCUCAUACGCCAACUAAAACAAUGGGAAGUUUGAGGUUCCAUGCAUUUCUCCUGCUGCUCUUCACUACUGUGGUGCAGAUAACUGAAGAAGAAUCGAUAGACAUGGGCUUGUUUCCUGAAGCUGCUGAUUACUCAUUCUACAACUGUCGGAAAGAGAUGCUGCAGAUGGUCACAAAAAGUGGAGGUCUGCUGCAGACUGAGCUUAACAACAAUACUGAUUUUAAAACUAUGUGGCAAAGUAAUGCAGCAUGUAGAAGGGCCAUUCCAGGGAGUACACCGGAGCACAUGACUGCGCUGAAGAGUUAUGUUGAUGCUACUACUGAAUUUCAUGAAAAAUUCAAGGAAUUGGUUCAGAACCAUGGCAGGAGCAGUUCGACUUACCGAGACGAGUUUCCUUUCAAAUCUCUUUUCUUCCUGCUGACAGAUGCCAUGCAACUCACAGGCCAAAAGAAAUGUCGUACAGUGUAUUCUGGCACAAAGGAGGAAUAUAAGACCACAACUGGGCAGAAAGUUCGUUUUGUGAGUUUUUUACCAGCAAAACUGGAAUUUACUGCUGCAACUGAAGCUGGAAACACUGGGACUGUUUUCAACAUCACGUCUUGUUCUGUGAUCAGUCUUGAUGAGUAUGGGUGUAGUUCAGAGGAAAUAGAUGAACUAAUAUCACCCACUGAAGUUUUCACAGUUAAGGAUAUCACGGAUGUUACUAAUAGUAAUGAUGAGUAUACAAAGAUCACCUUGGUGCAUUCUUACUUUUACAGUUCUUCUGACUGCAGCAGUCUUGCCAGCUUGUCUGAAGAAUCUAAAGAAUCAUCGUCAAGUUUCCUGAGUCCCAGUUUCCUGAAUCUGACGGCUUCCUUUCUCAUGCUGUGCUUCUACACGCUGAUUCUGUAAUAAACUCUGUAUGUUCUCAGAAAUGCAUGAAAUGUAAUGGUUACAUUCAUUCUGUUAAUGCAUGUUUACCGCAUUCAGUGUUCUAGACUUAUAAGGAUGAAUUUAUCACAAUAAUAAAUUACUUUUAUUAUUAAUUUUAAA